CAUCUCCCCCCACUACGUUACGUGGCGCCUGUCCCCGUCGUCCCGCCGGAGGGAGGGGCCACGACCGUGUCAUCCCCUUGGCAGUUCCGCUUCGAGAUCGCGCCGGUUAAAAGGCCAGGCCGCAUUAGCCCGGCACGAAUGCGAUAGUCGACCAAACCAACUCCACUCGACCGCUCCAUCUCCCGCCCUCCCCCGCAGCUCCCGCGCCCUCUCCCUCUCUGUCCAGUCUCCACGCACGCAGAGGGAACGACAAGUCGCCAGCACGAUGGACGGCUCCAGCUCCGGCGCCGGCCGCAAGAAGCUCAAGCACCGGCUGGCGGCCAUCCUGUCGGUCUUCUCCAGGCGCUCGGGCGGCAGGAAGCGCCGAGACGACGAGAGCGCCGCGCAGCCGGCCCUCGCAUUGCCAUCCUACGGCCGCCUCGGCAGGAAGGCCGCAACGGGCGAGCACCACGACCGCCGCCUCUCCGUCUCGGCGCGGCGCACCGUCCCGCUGAUCCGCAUCACCAUCGACUGCGCCGGCCGCCGCUCCGUCGACGCGGCCGACCCGUCGCUCCUCCUCGCCGACGACGUCAAGGCGGAGAGGGCGGCGCUCAAGGGGGCCGGGCUGCCGUUCGGGGCGAGCGAGUGGGAGGGCCGCAAGUGCCCGCCCUCCUCGCCGUUCCCGGCGGCGGCGCCCCUGCCGCCGCUGCCGAGGUGGAAGGAGCGGCCCAGCGGCAAGCGCAGUCCACGGAGGCUGUCGACGCACUCGUCGCGCAGGCUGCUCAGCAGCUCCUCCGACGACGACGAGUACGACGAGGACUCGCGGAACCUCUUCUCGUCCAGGAGCUUCUCCUCCGACUCGUCCGACUUCUACAACUGCCCGCGCAACAACGGCACCAAGGCGCGCGCCUCCGUGUCCGGGCCCUGCCGCGCGCCGGCCGCCGCCCCGCGCCGCGGCGCGUCGCAGAGCUGCCGGUACAGCUUCGAGAUGCCGCGGGGCUCCACGGCGUCCGCCGCCACGGACGGGGGCUUCGCGGUGGUGAAGCGCUCCGCCGACCCGUACGAGGACUUCCGCAAGUCCAUGGAGGAGAUGAUCGCCGAGUGGCCACAAGGCGGCGGCGGCGGCGAAGGCGAAGGCGAACACAGUGCGGAGAGCCUGCUGGAGACGUACCUCGUGCUCAACUCGCCGCGGCAUUACCCGGUGAUCCUCGCGGCCUUCGCCGACGUGCGGGAGACGCUCUGCCCCUGAGCUCGUCGGACGAUCGGCCGUCCGGCACGGGGUGCAAUGCAACGAUCGACGUUGGUAGGAUUAACCAUUUCUCGAGCGGGCGAGAUUAAUGGCGCAAGAAUGGAGUUGGACAUGUGCGAUGUCGCGCGCUAUUACGUGCGUUGUCUCCAUCGUUCAUUCAUUGCUGAAUCUUGACCAGCUAACUUGUGCUUAAGUUCCUAGUUCCGGGCUCCCACCCUCUAGUUGUGUCAGUGAUGGUACUGUACCUUAGCUUCUUGAUGUUAACUUGUAGUCUAGCGUUCUUCUAUGAUUGUCCCCGCCGGUUUGAGAAGGUCGGUCGCUGCGCUUCCUGUAAAUACGUGAUAUAUUUUCAAGGUAUUUUUCGAA